CACUUGAAAUGAAAUUACUCUCUACGGCUUUCCUAAUAGGUACCUUAAGUGCCAUUUGUCUGGGACAAAAGGAACCCAUAUGCAGGUCUGAUCCGAGUGUUGUAGGAAAUUGUGGGCAUAAAAUUAAAGGGUAUACCUAUGAAUGCCGGAUAAAUAGUUGCAAGAAGUUCCGGGCGAAGGCAUGUAAGGUAACUGGAAACUUUUUCCGUAGCAGGGAUGCGUGCAAUGCGAAGUGCAAGGACACCGGAAAGCCUGCUCAAAGCGGAGUCUUCGAAUUCUUCAAUCGAACUGUGUCGCAGUUUCUGCAGAUGAUCUUAAGCCUGAUGAGUUGGGCCGGAUUUUGAGUCAAUAAACUAUAAAUC